UAGUUCACUACAGACAUGGCAAGAGACUGCAUUCAUUUAAGUAACCUUUUGAGUAUUACACCAAUGUGUUGUUCUUGUUUUCUUUUUCAAUUAAACCCACUUUCCACCCAGACAUGCAAGGUACAAGUGACAUACUGGAAAGAGAAAGUUCCAAAUAUUUAUUCAAAGUUCCCAAGCCUUAUUUACUACAAGGUUGAUUCCGUAUCUAUGUAUGGACUCCCCUGUGAAGCUUACCCUGGGUAUUUUAAGUUUUGCUUCCAUUAUCACUUUGUUGUUGAUCCUGAUGAUGAAGAAGAUUUGGAGAAACAUUCAUCAAGGGAAGAGGCAAAGAUGGGGAUGGAAGAAAUAACUGAAGUUGUGAAGAAUCAACUUCCAUAUUUGGUCCCAGAGCCCAAAGUAAUGGAGCCUUGUAUGUUAACUGUGAGUAUUGUUUGGUAUAUUGAUGUUAUUGGCUUAGUUGUUGGAGCGAUCACAUCUUAACAAUAGGAUACCCAA